AUGAGUAAUUCUGUAUUAAAAUCACCAUUAAAACAAUCGUUGAAUAUAGCCCUUAUUCAAUUAAAGGCAGGUGCCGAUAAAGCAGCAAAUUUGUUGAAGGUAACCAAAUUUAUUGACUCGGCCGUCAAGACGAGUAGCAUUGGAAAAUUACAUUUAGUAGUAUUACCGGAAUGUUUUAACUCGCCAUACGCCGUUGACCAGUUUCGUAAUUAUGCUGAAUUGAUACCAUCUGGUGAAACCACCAAAUUGUUAUCAUCAUUGGCAAAGAAGCACGGCAUUUUCAUUGUUGGAGGAUCAAUUCCAGAAUUAGAUCAAGAAAAUGAUAAGAUUUUCAAUACUUCAUUGACUUUUUCACCCGAAGGAGAAAUUAUUGCUAAGCACCGAAAAGUUCAUUUAUUUGAUAUUGAUAUCCCUGGAGGAAUCACUUUUAAAGAGCUGGUAACUUUAAGUGCUGGAGACAAGGCCACUGUUUUUAAAUUAGGUGAAUUUGGUAAUGUAGGUUUAGGUAUUUGUUACGAUAUCAGAUUCCCCGAAUUAGCCAUGAUUGCAUCUCGUAAUCCAUAUAAUUCUUUUGCUAUGUUUUAUCCAGGUGCCUUCAAUACUACCACUGGGCCAUUACACUGGCACUUAUUGGCAAAGGCCAGAGCAGUGGACAAUGAAAUGUUUAGCGUUUUAUGCAGCCCUGCUAGAGACGUCGGUGGUAAUGGAUAUCAAGCAUAUGGCCAUUCAUUAGUUGUAGAUCCAUAUGGUGCAAUUGUUGCUGAGGCUGGAGAAGGAGAAGAAAUUUUAUUCGCUACUUUAGACAAGGAUUUGUUACCUAAAGUUAGAGAGGGAAUACCAGUGCAUUAUCAAAGAAAGUUUGAUGUUUACGACGAUUUUGUUGGUAAAGGAGGUGUAAAAGUCAGUGAUUUAUAG